GUCAAUCCAACCAAAACAAAGCGAAAAAAUCCACAUAACGAAAAAAUCGUUGCAAAUGCAAGCGAACUUUUUUUAUCAAGAGUAUCUUCUAAUUUCACCAAACGUAAUCUAAUCAACAGCAGUGAUAAUUGGUGCUGUUUUUGGAAUGCAGUAAGCGUAGUGCGUAGAGUAGCAAUGGAAGGUGACAAGCUGCUUAUGGCAGCGGGAGUAACCGCUGCCGUGGUCGUCGGGGCGUUUGUUUUCUGGGGUCCAUCGGGUUCAUCACGAUUGCGUCAACGACGUGGCCAAAUUGCUGGAUUGCAUAAUUUUGGAAAGACCUGUUUUCUGAACACCUUGCUACAGGCAUUAGCAGCCUGUCCUCAGUUCAUAGCUUGGCUGCAGCUGCACAAUACCAAGGACAAAAAGAGCCUUGUCAGCUCCCUCCAGAAUGUACUGGAAGUGGUCAAUGGGACACAUCCAACGCUUCGUGGAGAUCCGUAUUCUCCCGGGGCAGUUAUUCGUGCCCUGCACUCCCUCGGGUGGGUCAUUCCACCUGACGAGCACGACACUCACGAGCUACUGCAUGUGUUGCUAAACUCACUAGAGGAGGAAGCUACCAAACCGAAAAAAAUCGGUUGCCUUUCGGAUGCACUGGGAGAGAUGGAGUUACAAUCGAUUAUGCCUCCUGCUCGCCCAUCGAGCGCGAUGCUUUCAGAUUUUUGCAAUGCUGAAUACGAUGAAAGUACGAAUUUGACGCGUUAUACGCGGUCUGAGGCACAUACUCCGGAUUCUCCGCAUUCGACCUGUACGGAAACGGAAGAUUCGAUGGCGGCUCAGGACGGAUCGCUGAUGGAUUGUGCCGGUUCUCCGCCAUCGAUUAUUUCAACUUUCAGUGGACGACCAAGUCGUCCGAGAUCUAUUCUGGCGACCGAAAUGGUCGGCAACGGUGCAUUGAAUAAGCGAUCUUCGUCUGGGUCGUGCCGGUCAUUGGAACGGCUAACCCGAGGGCCAGGCCGUGUCUCAGUUUGGGGUGAUCGACAGCAGAUCCAAGUUCCUCACCCGUUCCGCGGUGGACUGAGCAGUCAACUGUGCUGUUCCGGUUGCGGCUACAAAUCGGUCGUUCGGUACGAUAAAUUCGACAGUAUUACUCUGUCGCUUCCGGAGAUUAAAAAUCCGGGGAUUUCGAUUGGUAGUCUUUUGACGGAAUUUAUUCAACCGGAGACACUGAAUGGGGUUCAGUGUGAGGCGUGCAACGAAACGACUACUCAUACGAAGACUUUGACCUUUAGCAAGCUGCCGGCUUGCCUGUGCAUUCACAUCGCCCGUACGACGUGGCUCCCAACUGGGCACGCCUACAAACGGCAGGACUUUGUGCACUUUCCCGAGACGCUUUCGAUGGCUCCGUAUAGCUUUGUGCAGCCCAGUUUGAACAGUGCCAUGAGUACCCCGUGGGGUUCUACGAUGUCGCUUUACUCGGCCAGUCUUGGUGCGGCAGCUUACGAAGCAUCGGUCGGCGGCGGCGGUGGAGGAAUAGGAGGAGGAACGGAACAGAAUACACCGGUCGGAUCCGUGGGCAGUGCCUUCAACUUCGGAUCAUACACGUUCGGGGCAAUGUUUCCGAAGAAUCUGUACCGAUUGCUGGCGGUGAUCGUACACUCGGGGGAGGCGAACAGUGGACACUUUGUGACGUAUAGGCGGGGGGCGCUGCGGAAUUCUCACAAAUGGUUCUACACCUCGGAUGCUGUCGUCAAGGAAGUUAGUAUUGAGGAAGUACUGAGCAGUCCGGCGUACAUGCUUUUCUACGAUCGUGGACCGUCGUCGUCCAAGUACAGUCAGUCGGGAGCUGGCCCAUCCGGCGGUGGACAUUAGCGGAAACGGGGAAGGUAAGGCGUCUAAUCAAAAGAACGAAAGUAGAAACUUGGGGAAGCGUAGUAAGUAGUGUUGUUCGAAAAGUUGUUUAUCAAUUUGGCGAUAAUCAAAAAAACAGUUGUCAAAAAGUAACGUUUUUAGAGCUAGAAGUUUCCCGAUUAACCUGAAUGAUUUCGAUUGUUGUCCACCAGGGGAAAGAUGAAUAUGUUAGCGAUUUGAAUGGCAAAUGUCGACUAUUGCGAACUCUAGAACUGAUUUCAGUUUAUUUAAACCAGGAGAUAUUGGAAUUUAUGUUCCCCUCUCAGAUAAUCAUUUACAUCGAAGGCAUUUACUUGAAAACCUGUGUUACUCUGACUACUGUUAAUUUUCACCAAGUCCUAGAUGCACAAUAUUUUAGUGAGUCAAAUAAAAAUGUCCCAUCUGUUACUAAUUUUAAAUGUAAAUAAGCUUUUUUGCGUAGUUUUCACCUAUACUAUAAACAUUUGAUGCAAAGUUGGAAAUUUGGAUUUCCGAUGCGAAAGUUCCUUCAAGCAUGCUCACGACAGCUACUGCUUAAUUUGGUACAUAAGUUACCUUAAACUAAAAACAUUGGUUUCGAUACACGAGUAGAUUUUGAGAACUUGAAAUUGUUGCGAAAAGUUUCAAAAAAUCAAUUAUAAUCUUGAACGGCCUGCGAUGCAAGUGAAGGUGUCAUUUUUAUAAUGAAGCAAGAGUUGAUUUGAUUGCAUCAACAAUACCAUAGAUACCACCUAUCCACACUCCAAAGCGUGGAUUGCUUCGAUUGCAUUUAUUCCGUAUAACAGUUGAUUGAAAAAAGAUUGAUGACUGCAAAAAAUUAUUUAAUACUCUGGAUAAUUUUUCUGGAACGAAGUACAAAGAAAAUUGCAAAUAGAACGGAGUGAUGGAAAGUUAAAUGAAGGAAAUCAUACCGGAUUGACUUGGACCAACGUUCUUAAGAACUGUAAUUGUCCUGUAAUUUAUUUUAAUCGGUGAACUGAAAGUGUUAUACGGCUUAUAAUUCGCUUCGAAGCGAAUAAAUCUGUCUAUGAAACAACUUUUCCUUUUUAAGUGCCUAUCUAAUACACCGAUUUCGGCCUAAUUUUUCCAAUUUCUGAUCAAUCUGACCUAUUUCGGACCAAUUGUGGUCCGAUUAUGGAUCAAUAUCGGACAAAAAUUAAAAGUCUCGGUUCAGUUUCGAACUGACUAAUUUAAAAGGGGGAACACGAAAUUAUUGCGACACCGAAAAUGUCAUGCCAAUUUUCUUAUAAUGUUUAAAAUCAAACCAAAAUUUUAGGGUAGUUUUAUACAUAUAUUUACUUCAAAAAUCAAAAGAAAAGUUAAUCGAUGGAGCCUUGAGUGUAAAAUUGAACGCAUUUUCGCUUGAUGCCUUCCAUCAAAGUCUUUACAGUGUCAUGCGGUACCAGUUUCUCAAUUUUUUUUUCCAUUUUCUUAACAUGUCCUUCUCGUCUUUGACUGUAUUCUUGCUCUUCCGAAGUUCCCGCUUCAUCAUUGCCCAGUACUGCUCCACCGGGCGCAGCUCCGGACAGUUUGGCGGAUUCAUGUCCUUUGGAACAAAAUGGACAGAAUUGGCCUCAUACCACUCCAGGACACUUAGAAUAGUGGAAUUAUGCCAAAUCUGGCCAAAAUAUCGGAGCUUCGUCGUGCUGCUACAAGAACGGCAAAAGGCGCUUCUCGAGGCACUCAGAUUUAUAGAUCUCGCCAUUUACUGUGCCCUUUGUCACGAAAGGCUCAGUCCGCAAGAGCAGAUGGCCUGCCAAAUGAGAUAUUUGGAGGCGAACUUCGACAUUUUCUUCUUCUUAAAUUUGUCGUCCACAUAGAACUUGCUUUUGCCGGUGAAAAACUCCAACCCCGGAAUUUGCUUAAAAUCGGCUUUUAUAUACGUUUCGUCGUCCAUCACACAGCAGCCAUAUUUUGUCAGCAUCUUCUCGUAGAGCUUCCGUGCCCGAGUUUUAGCCGUCGAUUGUUGCCCCUCAUCGCGGUUUGGGAAGUUCUGUACCUUGUAUGUAUGUAGUCCAGCCCUCUUCUUUGCAUUCUGGACGUAGCUCUGCGACAUGCCGAUCUUUUUAGCCAAAUCACGGCUUGCGACGUUGGGAUUUGCUUUAAUCAUCCGCUUCACCUUUCCCUCCGUCUUUUUGUUCUCCGAUCCCGGUUUUCUUCCAGCUCCUUUGCCGAGGUCCAACGUCAACUGCUCCUGGAACCACUUCAUCACUCUGGAGACGGUUGAAUGGUGAAUGUUCAACAUUUUUCCCAACUGCCGGUGCGACAGGUCAGUAAAUUCCAGGUGUUUGGAAAGAAUUUGUUCUCUCGACUCGUGUUGGUUCACCUCCAUUUUCGUUGAAUCGAAAAACACGACUUUGAGUUUGACAGCAUGUAAACAAUACACAUUAAUGAGAAAGUGUACAAAAUUUGAUUGAUUUUUACACAAUGGUAAAAAAGUUAUGCCCUGUUGAAUGUGUCGCAAUAAUUUCGUGUUUUGAACUAAUUUUGGACCGAUUACUCUGUUCAAUAGACGAUCUGGGAGCAGAACGAAAAAAAAAUGGCGAAAGUUUGGGGUCCCAGGAAAUCCCUGGUGAAGAAAUUUUUGUAAAAGAUUGGAACGGGGCUUCGCAGUUUAAAACCAAAGUUUGUAUGGAGAACUAGGGGUGUUCAAGAGGGAAGAUAUCAAUGGUAAUGGUCGUCUUAAAUCGUCGCAUGAAGUCUCACAUGAAUUAUUAUUAUUAUUAUUUAUUUCAUCUGAAAAAGAGUCUACAUGAAUACUUAAAAAAACUUACACAAAUAAAAAUACAUUUACAUUGACAUCAAACAGUUGAGUUAAAAAGUUUCAAUCGGUUUUUAAAAGCAUCCACUGAAUGUGAAAUAUCAAGCAAGAGGCAAACUCUGUUGAGUUCCCGAAGCAUUGACUGAACUGGUUCAUUUUUUUUCACAGUCCGUUCGGCUUAAGUUCAACCUCAAGAAAUCUCUCGAUCUUAGCUAUACAGCUGGUACGUUAAGAUUGAUCUGUUCGAGAAUCGGGGGACAGUCGAUGUUUCCUAGCAGAAGUUCAGAAGCAAACAAAGCUCUGGUCGAGCUACGUCGUUGUUGAAGAGUUUCCAUUCCGAGCAAGCCGACAGCGGUAAACUAAAAGAAUUACUCCAAGGGAGAAACCUCAGCGCAAAUCUGAUAAAUCGACCUGGAAUGGCUUCUGGAAUGUUGAACCAGAUGCAAACGUACGGACUCCAUAUAAUCGAAGCAGUUUCUAAGACCGAACGAACAGUAACAGGAUCUCAAAAUCCGUUGGUAACUCUGAUUAUGAAACCGAAAUUUGUGUUUGCUUGUAACGUUUAAGUUUUUGUUAAAAUUAAAAUCAUUAUGCGCAAUGAGUUGUAGCAUAAAAAAAUUUAUUAAUGAUGGUUCUUGGGGUAAAUGAUUUGAACGUGCACGGCACACCCUACACAAGAAGGUAUGCCUCAACAUGCUCGCUUGAAAACCGAUAAAUAUACUGGAUAAAAAGGCCGGACGUCAAAGAAAAAAAGUAGAGCGUCUCUUGUGUUGAGUUUGGAAAAGAAGCCGGCGGUACAAAAAGGUGGUGGAAAAAUGUGCUCGUUGUGUAAGAAUAAGUUGGUGAGCCACUGCGGAAAAGGGAGCCAGGACAGUGCCAGGCGGGAAUUGAUCGAGCAGGCAAAGUGUCCGAAACCGGACAAAACACUAGUAACGAAAUUCCCGUGGUUCCGCCCGGAAGAUUGCCCCAGCGUACGACAGUUCAUUUUUUCCACCCCGCCAUUCCGGAGAAGAGUGAUCACCGCGUGACUAAAAGUUUGCAGCCGUUGCGAAGAGAAAAAAAGGAGCCAGCGUCGUGAAAGGCGGUCAUCAACGGAGCAGGCGAAGUGUCCCGGAACAGGACAAAGGGACAGCAACGGUAUUCCUGGGGUUCUGCUCAGAAGAAGUCUCAGUGUACGCCUGUUGAUUCUUUUCGUCCCGCCACUCCGGAACAGAGUGCAAUCGGAAUCUUUCUCUUCACUCAUCCGCCCGGGGGACCGUGACUGUGUGAGUCCUCGUGCGAUUGUUCGUGGCGCGGGUAAAGUGAAGAUUAGGCGGCGCGGUAAGGACGGCACUCGAACUCAGCGGAAGCGGAGUGCGACACAUCCUCGUGGUCAAAUGACGACAAAGAAGACUGCGAUGGAUCAAAGGUGAGUGCACCCAUUCAUAUUCCCUUUUAAGAUACCAUCCAGUUUUUGGGCUAUUAGAUGACAGAUUUGGGUAUAGCCAAUUUUUGUUUCACAUGCUUUAGCAAUGAUGCUUGAGUAGUGAUUUCUAAACGAGAACUGUGUGUCCAAUAGAACUCCAAGCUCUUUUACCAAAUUUACUCGCUCAACCUGACUUCCACCGAUUUUAUAUAUCCAGUUAACAGAAUUUUUUACACGAAAAUGAGAUAACAUUUUUGCACACUAAUAGUCAGUUGAUUUCAAAAGCACCAGUCCUCAAAUAGCUCAAUUAGUCAUAGUUCUCUGCAGUCCUCUUUAGAUCUGACAACAAACAAUCCGGAAACCCGGUGGGAUGAUUAGACAAACAUCGUUAAAAAAUAUUGAAAACAAUAGCGGUCCCAGGUUGCUUCCUUGUGGAACACCUGAGCUGUUGGUAAAUUUGUAGGAUUGGUAUGCUCGAAACUUGACAGUAAGUCGCCUGUCAACUAGGUAGGGCUCUAACCAAGGGGUGAAGCGUGAUGAACAACCUAAUCGGUUAAGCUUUGCUAGUAGCAGUAGGUGAUCAACGCAGUCGAAGGCUGCUUCGAACUCUGUAUAGACUGUGUCAAUUUACGCUCCUUUCUCAAUAGCUUUGAUGCAGUGCAAUGAAAAAUUAGUAAGAUUCGUAUCUAUUAAUCUUCCUUUGAAGAAACCAUGCUGAUCAACCGAAAGGUAUGAUUUUACUGCAGCGAAAAGCACAUCACCCACCAAAAUUUCUAAUAGUUUUAAUCCGUUGACUUGUUAAAAAUGGCUGUCAGAGCGGGUAGCAAUUGUGUCAGCCCAUUUUUUCAACACAAUCGAAGGAAUACCAUCACAACCAGCAACUGCAGAUGAUUUCAAUUUUCGAAUAGCAUUAAGAACGUUUUGGUCCGAAAGUGUGAUAUUACCGACAUCUAUCACGUCUCUGGGUACAGUUCGUAGCGCUUGAUUAAUAUAGUUUCAUCUAACAUGGAAUAAGUUUUUGAACACGCUAGAGAAGAUUGCAAAUCUUUUCACGAGCAUCAGCUAACUGAGUGCCUAGGAACAUAGUUGUUGGAAGACCAUUCACUUUCCGUUUAUUGUUCAUGAAAGUCCAAAAACUUUUUGGGUUCCGUUUAAGGUCAUCUUCCUUGCGGUGAAUAUAGCUCGAGUAGAGCGAACGAUUAUAUAUCCGAUAAUUAUUGCUGGCAAUGUUGAACUGACGUUUUUCUGCAGGAUAUCGGUGGUUCAGCUGGCGUAAAUGAGCAUUUGACCAGGGCGAAUUUCGUCGUUGUCGAGGAGCAGGAACACACUGGUGAAACAACUAUGUAAUUGUGGUAGUAAACGAUGAGACGGACGAGUCGAUGUCGCCGUAUAAAAUCCGCUGUAGACAUACCAUCCAUGAGACUGGAGCUUGCUGUAGAAAAGCUGGAUUCCAAUGGAUCAGGAUAGAAAAAACCAGUAGAACAGCCUACCCAAACAAGGUCUGGUUGAUUGUAGUCGCCUAGAAGAAGAUGAGUGUCGUAUGGUCUUAAUGACUCCGUAACAACGAAUGCAGACUUAACAUUUGUAUAAUAUCUUCAUCGAUCGCCUGCUCCGGUGCCAACUAAACUACGCCCACAGCGAUAGUACUUGCUGCACCAAACACAUUAACCCAUAGGUGUUCAACAGCAGCGCUAACUCCAGUCCCGACUUUUGCGGAACUAUGCUUGUUGCAGACGGCAAUAAGUACGCCCCCUCCUCUCCUUUUCUUUGGAAGAAAUAGGAUCACGAUCGUUCCGGUAAACUGUGUAGACAUUACCAAACAGUUGAGCAGAGUGGAUUUCAUUAUUCAGCCAGGUUUCGGUCAGAACGAUAACAUCAUAUUUUUCAUCUGACACAGCCAAGAAGAAAUCAUCGAUUUUAGUUCGGAGUCCUCGCACAUUUCGAUAGUACACCGUAACAUGACCGUCAGUGUGUAUCAUUGAAUCGCUACAGGAGUCUCCACUCGUAUAAUGACGAUUGACGAAACGAAUAUCGGAUCCGAAGACGAUUCAGGCGUGAUGACAUGAUACUCUUGAUAUGUGUAGUUUCUGCAGUCGCUUCGGGUGGACAUAUACUCGUUAAUUUAUUACCUGUGAGAAAAGAUAAUCCCACGAUGUCAGUUUGGUGUGUGGUAGUGCGCAAUCAUUCUCAGGGUACAAGGACCGAUGAAAGGUACUGGCGCUAGCUGACGGAAUGGCAUGUGCCACGUUGUCAGGUGUCAAGUCACAGGAGUCGGCAGCUGUAGGAAACGAGGGACGAGUAGUUAAACUUGUUUCCGUUGUAUUGUUGCAUUUUUUUCAGCUCAAUCGGACAUCAUUAACGGGGUGCGGCGUUUGAAUAUUGAUUUUGUAUUCGAAAAAAUCCAAAGAGGGGAGACAUGAAAUGUUGGAAAUCGAAUUUUUUUGUCGAAAUAUGUCUAAAAAUAACAUGAAAAAUUAGCAUUUGGUGUUAAAACAAACGAAAACCGCUAAAAACAUUUUUGAUCGAAUUUUCCCAUUUUGAUCAAAAAUGCCAAUUUUCACCUAAUUUUAAACUGUGAAGCCCCAUUCCAAUUUUUUUUUAAAUUUUUGCUCCAAGGGGUUUCCUGGGACUCCAAACUUUUGCCAUGUUUUUUUCGUUCUGCUCUCAAUAUUUUUUUUUUUUUGUUUCGCAGUGUUAUGAAUCAAAUUCGGACAAAUUUUUCCUAUUCGCGACCAGUUUUUGACCACUUUUGAACCAAUUUAUGAGCAAUUUUGGAUCAAUUUUGGACCAAUUUUGAACUGAUUGCGGUCCUAUUUUGGGUCAAUUUUGAAUCGAUCUCGGACCAAUUUUGGAGCUAUUAAAGUUGGACCAGUUUUGGGCCAAUGUCAAGCUAAUUUGACACUAACUUUGAAAUUUUUUUGCAAACUUUCGGGAGGUUCUCGGACCUAUGGCGGGUCAAUAACAGAGGCUCUUUUUUCUCGCAGAUCACACCACCAGUGAACGAAGGAAACAACUUUUUCUAUGUCGCCAAAUGUCAAAGCUUUCUUAGACUAUUUGUGACGAUUUGUCCGAGAUUCUCCCGAAAAGCGUGUAAACCCUGAGCAGCCUAGUACUGGACAAAUACUGUAUCUAAAAUUACAUUUGAAAAAAAGUUUGGAAAUAGAAAUCGAACGUGAAUCAUCAAAAAAUAAGCCAUAACUUUGCUAAUCAAUUCUCAGAAACCGAUGUUACCUUUUAAAGGACGCCAUUCCAGUUCAACGGUCAGCCUUACUCUGCGUUCUGACUGGAUGCCAAGAGAGACCUAGAUUCGAUCACAUCACAUUCUUUCGAAGAAUCAAUCCGUCGUAAUGCAGAAUAAGUCUGGCUAUUUCUAGCUUUUAACGAAGAUUCCGAGAAACGAUAUUCUAUACUGAAGUAUACUUGACAUUUAUUUUUAAACGAAUUCCGUUAAAGUUGUAUUAACCUUUCCUCAGGAGCGAUCAUUUCUAUUGAAUUGAUUAUUUUUUAUUCUAAAAAUGUAAAUAUCGCUUUUGGGCAUUUCUAGGAAAAUUCUGACAGAAUAAACACGCGUAACACGAUCCUCUUCGGUUUGGAUGAAAGUUUUCUCCAUCAAGGAGAAAAUGGUUUAAAACCAUCUUUGCGCGUGAAGAGCACAAAACCUAUAACUAAAUUAGUUAUGGAAUUUGCGUUUCGACUUCUUCUAAUCAGAAUCCGUUUUGUUGGAGCUAGCGUCAAUCCGGCGCUAGCUUAGUUCUAUCAGUUAGUAUCGGAUUCAGAUGAGACGAAGUCGAAACGCAAAUUCCUUAACUAAAACGUGAAAGUUGCAUCCAAAUAUAAAAAUCUGAAGCACUGGUUAGUCGUUAAAAGAUUUGCGAAUGUUGUAUUGGAAAUUCAAGGGAUUCGACAAAUAAAAAGGACAAAAUCGUCCUUUCAAAUAUUCUGCCGUGUACGUGCACGUGGCACUAAAAAUACUAAAUCUAAUCAGCAACUUUAGUUUUGAGUCACUCAAACAGAUAAUAUUGAUUAACUGUUGCUUAGCUUUUGUUAAAAAUUUAUACAUACAGUUUAAAAUUAAAACAACUAUUGUUAAAAAUUCAGACUUUUUCCGCGAUGUUUUCGGGUAAAAAAUCGAAAAAAAAGAAAUGCAGGAACUCCUCCUACACUGGAAAUUGAAACAGCUAUCGAUCGGCGGAAAUCAUUCCAUUUUGAACAAAACACAUGAAUGGCAUAGGAUCGUGUGGAGGAGGGGUUCCAAACUAAACAUCUGCAUGUGGUGAAUAUUUAGUGUUACAGGCGAAGAUUUCUUAUUUUUUAAGAGAUACACUUUAAUGUUGUAGGGUUAAGAACAAAAUACCAAAUUGUAGGCGAUUCACGAUUGCAUGUACCGUGUAUAACAUUAACGAAUGUAAGAAUAUACUAAGCUUAAGUGUCUCACGAAUAAAUGUUAUUGCUGAAUAAUCGA